AUGGUUGGUAGUUCCCUCGUUCUACCACCCGCGCAUGGGAACUCGCGAGGUCGGCCAGAGAGCAAAGCAGACACCAGAGUCUCUACCACGUCGAACCCCUUUUUGACACCCGCAGUCACCAGUCGCGCCUCCUCAGUCCAUGAGAGCGAACGCCAUGCCCUCCAAGCUGAUCCUGGAGCUGAGGCCGACUUCCAAGUCGACAACAACCCGUUCGCAUUUUCGCCCGGCCAGCUGAACAAACUCCUCAACCCCAAAUCUCUCACCGCCUUCCGCGCUUUGGGGGGUCUGGAAGGCAUUGCCUACGGCCUUCAGUCCGAUAUUCAUGCCGGACUCAGUAUUGACGAGACGGCAGCUCCUGGCCAUGUCAACUUCCAAGACGCCGUCAGCGCAACCUCGCCUCAGCAGUCCAAGAGUCCAUGGCAAUCAAGCAACAUCGGAUCCAGAGAAGCAUUCGAAGACCGUAUCCGGGUUUACAACCGCAACAUCCUUCCAGCUAGAAAGGCAACUUCACUCUUGAAGCUGAUGUGGAAUGCCUACAACGACAAGGUUCUCAUCCUUCUCACUGUGGCUGCUGCCAUAUCUCUGGCUCUGGGACUCUAUGAGACCCUAGGCGUCUACCACCCUCCCGGAUCUCCUCAGCCGGUAGACUACGUGGAGGGGUUGGCCAUCUUGUUUGCCAUCGCCAUCGUCACGCUUGUGGGCUCAGUCAACGACUGGCAAAAGGAGCGGGCGUUUGUGCGUCUGAGUGCGAAGAAAGAUGAACGUGAUAUCAAAGUCACCCGUUCUGGCAAGCCUAUCAUGAUCAGCGUUCAUGACCUGCUCGUUGGGGAUGUCUUGCACCUUGAGCCAGGAGACUUAGUACCUGUUGAUGGCAUUUUUAUUGACGGUCACGACCUGAAGUGCGACGAGUCCUCUGCAACUGGGGAGUCCGAUGCGCUUAAAAAGACGGGAGGCAUGGCUGUUAUGAGAGCCUUGGAACGUGGAGAGUCUGCCGGGGAGUUGGAUCCGUUCAUCAUUUCGGGAGCAAAAGUGUUGGAAGGUGUUGGGACGUUCAUGUGCACUUCGGUUGGUGUCAACAGCAGUUUCGGCAAGAUCAUGAUGUCUGUUCGAACGGAAACCGAGCCCACCCCUCUCCAGCACAAACUUGAAGGGCUUGCCAUGGCGAUCGCAAAACUCGGCAGUAUCGCGGCAGGACUUCUCUUCUUCGUGCUGUUGUUCAGGUUUCUGGCUGGCUUGCCGACAGACAGACGCCCAGCUACCGACAAGGCUUCUUCCUUCAUGGAUAUUCUCAUCGUCGCUGUCACAAUCAUCGUGGUCGCUGUCCCAGAAGGCCUUCCUCUCGCGGUUACCUUGGCGCUUGCCUUCGCAACGACAAGAAUGCUCAAGGAGAACAAUUUAGUGAGGGUUUUGCGCGCUUGCGAAACUAUGGGCAAUGCAACUGCGAUCUGUUCGGACAAAACCGGAACUUUGACAACAAACAAAAUGACGGUUGUAGCUGGCAGAUUCGACACGAGAGGUUUUGAGUCUUCUGAAACUUCGGCAUCUUCUGCUCUGCCAAUUGCAUCUUGGGCGUCGGAAGUCACCCCUACCUGCAAAGAGAUCAUUACUCAAUCGAUUGCGAUCAACUCAACUGCCUUUGGAGGCGAAGAGGAGGGAAAGCCUAUCUUCAUCGGGUCAAAAACCGAGACAGCUCUUCUCCAGCUCGCCAGGGACUAUCUUGGUCUCACAUGCCUUGCGGAAACUCGUGCGAACGAACACGUAGUUCAAAUCAUGCCGUUCGACUCCGCCAAGAAGUGCAUGGGCGCUGUGGUCAAACUCAGAUCUGGUGUUCAUCGUCUUCUUGUCAAGGGCGCCUCGGAGAUCCUUCUUGGACAUUGCACCAGCAAGGCCAACGCUUGCACCUUGGAAGAAGAACUUCUUACCGAAGCCGACCGCAAUUCCUUCGGUGAUACCAUCAAUCAGUAUGCGGCCCGCUCUCUUCGAACCAUUGGCUUUGUCUUCAAGGACUACGAGAAAUGGCCACCCUUGUCUCCAGACAUCGAUAAGACAGGGCACGCGGACCUGGGACGCCUUCUGGCCUCUAAGAACCUCGUUUUUCUCGGUGUAGUAGGCAUCCAAGACCCCGUCCGCCCAGGUGUACCAGAGGCCGUUCGCAAGGCUCAGCGCGCCGGUGUCACCGUCCGAAUGGUAACUGGCGAUAACUCGAUUACCGGAAAAGCCAUUGCCUCUGAAUGCGAUAUCUACACUGAUGGCAUCGUCAUGGAAGGCCCCGACUUCAGACGCCUGUCUGACACCGAGAUGGACACAAUGCUUCCGAGACUUCAGGUUCUUGCGCGGUCUUCGCCCGAGGACAAAAGAGUGCUCGUUGCGAGGCUGAAGGCGCUUGGUGAGAUUGUUGCUGUUACUGGCGAUGGCACCAAUGACGCCCCUGCUCUCAAAGCUGCUGAUGUCGGGUUUUCUAUGGGUGUGUCUGGUACUGAAGUUGCUAAGGAAGCCUCUUCUAUCAUUCUGAUGGACGACAAUUUCGCGUCUAUUAUCACAGCUUUGAAAUGGGGCCGCGCCGUCAAUGACGCGGUGCAAAAGUUCCUACAGUUCCAGAUCACUGUCAAUAUUACCGCUGUGCUCUUGGCUUUUGUCACAGCUGUAUACGAUGCAGAGAUGAAACCUGUUCUCAAGGCAGUGCAGCUCCUCUGGGUGAAUCUGAUCAUGGAUACUUUCGCCGCCUUGGCUUUGGCAACAGACCCUCCGACUGAGAAGAUUCUUGAUCGCCCUCCUCAGGGUAAGAAGACAGCGUUGAUCACAAUAAAUAUGUGGAAGAUGAUCGUAGGCCAAUCGAUCUACCAGCUGGUUGUGACCUUCGUCCUUUACUUCAGCGGCGGUACCAUACUCAACUACGAUCUCACCGAUCCCGACAAGAAGCUCGAGUUGGACACGAUCGUGUUCAAUACGUUUGUCUGGAUGCAGAUCUUCAACGAGUUCAACAACAGACGGCUCGACAACAAGUUCAACAUUUUCGAGGGGGUGCAUCGAAACACCUUUUUCAUCGCCAUCAAUUUCCUCAUGGUUGGACUGCAAGUGGCCAUUAUCUUCAUCGGAUCGAGGGCCUUUCAGAUCUCUCCUGAUGGUCUUGAUGGUACUCAGUGGGCCAUAUCGAUCGUUGUCGCAUCGCUUUGCCUGCCUUGGGCCAUCCUUGUUCGCCUCUUCCCCGACGAGUGGUUCGCUCGCGUUGUCGGCGUUCUCGGCCUCCCGUUCGUAAGUGUGUACUCGAAGUCUGCGGAGGUGUAUUCCAAGGUCGUCGGUGUUUUCGGCGGUAGGAAGCGCGCGGAUGUCGAAGCUCAGUCAGCCACUGCGCCCGUGGUAGUCGUUGUGGAUGACUUCGUCGGGGGCGGUCAAGAGAGGAAGAUGUAA